UCAAACUAGAGAUUUCACGGCCUGCUGAAGUAUUUCAACUGCGUGCUUAACGCUGAGUUUCAUACUUCAAACACUUUCCUUGAGGCGGAACAAACAGGAAAAGAGUGGCCGCGUUACGCACCGACGGGAAAUAUUCCAACAAACGCUUGUAAAGCUCGCAUCGCGGGUGUUAUUUCCUUCUAACUGACUGGAUGAACGGGGUCCAGCCCUCCCCGGGGUUCCUCUCUCCUUCCAUUUCUCACCAGCUCACCAAUCUGAUCUUUCAGCACGAGUUUGAUGCGUGAACGCGUCAGGAAAGCGCGCGUAAUUGUUACUCUUUUCUUUACGCGUCCUUGGAAUUCCGUAAACGCUUCAGGAAUGGAAACCAUUCAGCUGGAAUUAUAAACUCAGGGUUAAUCGGGAUACAAGCAAGAUAGAGUUGGAGUCUUUGAAUUCCGUGGCUUGGUUUAUAUGAACCUGUUGUGUGGAUUUGUGGACGGUGGAAAUUCCGGAUCCAUGUGGCGCUUUUGGAUCACGGAUCUGCGCUCGGUUCGCGUCCAGAUCAUGUGGCUGCUCGUUUGUUCGCUGAUCGCCGCGAUGAGAGGCGACCAUUACGGCACACAGGUCCAGGUGAUGUCCUCCAGAGCGCUCAGGGCUUCAAACACACGCAGCAAUGUAACAGACAGCAAUCACCUCACAGACUUGUACCGGAAAGAAGAGAUUAUCAUGGUCAAGGGCGGAGGUCAUGUCCAGAGCCCGCGGUUCCCCAACGCAUACCCGCGCAACCUGCUGUUGUCGUGGAAACUGCUCUCACCCCCACACACACGCAUCCUACUGGAGUUUGAUGCUCAGUUUGGACUGGAAGAUGCGGAAAAUGGAGUCUGCAGGUAUGAUUUUGUGGAAGUGGAGGAUAUUUCUGAGACCAGCACCAUAAUUUGGGGCCGCUGGUGUGGUCAGAGAGCUCCAUCACGAAUCACAUCCAAAACCAACCUCAUCAAAAUCACCUUCAAAUCAGAUGACUACUUUGUUGCAAAACCCGGAUUCAAAAUCUGUUAUUCUCUGCUGAACGGCACACCUCUCGCUUCUCUGAUGAACUGGGAAGCUGUUACGAUCAUUUCUGACCUGGGGGACAUUUCCGGGACGGACAUGCCGCUGUCUGUGUCCGAGCUGGAUUAUGACAUCGCCAGCGUCAACACGGUGGAAGAGCUGCUGAGACACCUGAACCCGUUUACCUGGCAAGAAGACCUGGAGCAACUGUACACACACACGCACACACACUACUACAGACCGCGAACCUUUUACACCGACCGCAAACACAAACUUGAUCUCGACCGGCUCUACGACGACGUGAAGCAGUACAGCUGCACGCCACGCAAUUACUCCGUGAACCUCCGUGAGGAGCUGCAGGCGACCAACUCCGUGUUUUUCCCACGAUGCCUGCUGGUGCAGCGAUGCGGCGGAAACUGCGCAUGCGGCACCGACAACUGGAACUCCUGCAGCUGCAGCGCCGGCAAAACCGUCAAGAAACUGCACGAGGUGUUGAAGUUUUCCCCAGGUCAGAAUUUCUACAUGAAGAGAACACGCGCUCGCUGGGCUCUGGAGGAAAUCUACCUACAACACCACGAGAGAUGCGACUGUGUGUGUCAGUCCAGACCGCCUCGAUGAGAGACACACACACACACACACACACACACACACACACACUCACAUGCACGCUCACAUGCACACACACACACAGUCUCUCACAGUCGCACGCACACACAGUCACACACACACACACGCACGCACGCACAUUCUCUCUCUCUCACUCACACACACACACACACAUUCUCUCUCACACUCUCACACACACAUUCUCUCUCUCACACACACACACACACACACACACUCUCUCACACACACAUUCUCUCUCACACUCUCACACACACAUUCUCUCACACACACACACACACACACACUCUCUCACGCACACAGUCACAGUUUCUCUCUCACAGUCGCACGCAGUCACACACACACAGUCGCAUGCACACAGUCACACACACAGUCUCUCUCUCACAGUCACGCACACAGUCACACACACACACACACACACACACACACACAGUCGCAUGCACACACAGUCUCACACACACACAUUCGCGCAUGCACACACACAGUCGCACGCACGCACACACACAGUACUACCAUUCAGACAUAUAUCUCCAGGUCAAGCUUCUACAUUAACACAAAACAUUUUAAUAAAAUGUAAGACACACACACACACACACACACACACACACACACACACACACACACACACACUCCGUUGUCUCUCCAGAGGUGUAGCUACAUCCAAGUUUUUAUUCUUGUUGUUUAAAUGUUAUUGUGUCCAGUAAAGUUAUGUGGAACUUGUCAAUAGAAUGUAAAUGAAUAUUAAUGAGGCUUUUGCUCUCCCAGACCAAUCAGAACUCAGAACUGUAUGAGAGGGGCGGUCCUUUAGCCAAUCUAAUCCGAGCAGUGUUAUUUAUUAAACGCAAUGUCUUUUUAUAUCUGUGCUCAUGUUGUCGGAUGUGAAUUUUGUUUUAAUAUACUCAUUCUUGGGGUGAAUCGUCACCUCUAAAAUGAAACUAACAAAAUAUUUUGCAUUGUUUCCAUAACUCCAUGUACUGCCAUGAUAUAUAUUUAUAAUUUAUUUUUGCAUUACUGCAACGAGAAUUAGUCAAUUUGAGUACAAUUACGAUUUAAUGCAAUGUGACAUUCCAAUAUGUAAAUGAGAACUGCGCAUGUAUGUGGUGCAUUAUUAAAAAAUGCGAAUAAUCUUAAGGGUUCUAAGAUGGGCUUCAUUAAGCAAUUGUGAGCUCCUCCGAUUGGGUUUUAGUGUAGAUUUGAAAAACAAGACCAAGAAUAUUAACACACACAAAUGCACUCUUUGGCCCCUCAAAGUGGUCUAGCCAGAGGUCAUGACCUUUUCACCCCUUGCCUGGUUUCAGAAGCUUAGCAGGGCUGAAUUUCACAAUCCAGAGGUCAUUAGUAGAGGAGUAAUAACCCUGAAUUUUGUCAUUAGCCAAAAAACUCACCUGGUCAAAGGAUAAGCAGGGCUAGUACUUUCUAAAGUGGUCUGUUGGUUCUUCUG